UACAUUGUGAUUUAAGACCAUCCGUCAUUUUACCAUCAGUUCUACAGCGCACGUUUUUGUGCGCAGUCUCCUGUACUCUUUGUGUGCUGAAUCUCGGUGUUUUCUCGCAGCUGUGUGCCUGUAGCUUCUGUAGGCGUAUCAUGCUAAGGGACUGUAACUUAGCUAGCCCCAGACUCCACUUGUGACCUUUGAGCCCUGGUCCCCAGUUCACUUGAGAGCUUACUGCAGCCAGAGCCAGUGGGAUGGAGGAGGAGGCCAGAUGCUUCUUGGGGAGGUUUGUAGACGAGUUCCCAGCUGCUCUGGAGGAAGGCAGUCCAUUGCCUGUCAGCCCUCUGAGCUGCAAAGUCUCCCUGGAGGAGCUGUAUGGAGAGAGCCUGGAGCUGGGCCUGAGGCUGCUGGCUUUAAGGGGUGCUCCUCCAGUCCUCAGUGCCCUCCUGUGCCAGGCAGCCUUGUCCCAGCUGCUGCAGAGUGACCUUUCACCUUUCCACUGCCCACAGGAAGCUGAGGCUAACCAAGAGGAACAGAUAGUAGUGUUACUUCACUCAGAGGCAGUUCAACGUCACUUCCUCAAUAAGCUGAUAGAUGAAGCACUGGCAUGGCAACAGAACUUCAUCAAGCUUCCCUCCUCACCUUCCCGGUUCCUCCAAAGUUCUGUUCAUGCCAUCAAGAACACGAGAAGGAAGAUGGAGGACAAACAUUUGGCCCUAGCUGAAUUUAACCAGCUCUUUGGAAUCCAGGAUGGAGUAGAGCGUGCAUACUACGCUGUUUUUGACGGACACGGAGGGGUGGAUGCUGCCACCUACGCUGCCACUCACCUCCAUGUUGUUCUGAGUAAACAGGAAACACUGCAGGGUGACACAGCCACAGCCUUUAAAACUGCCUUCAAACACACAGAUGACAUGUUCAGAGGCAAAGCCAAGAGAGAGCGUCUGCGAAGCGGCACCACAGGCGUGGCAGCACUGAUCCAGGGUCAGGAGCUGACUGUGGCCUGGCUGGGGGAUUCUCAAGCAAUGCUGGUCAGAGAGGGACAAGCUGUAACACUCAUGGAGCCCCAUAAGCCAGAGAGAGAGGAUGAGAAACAAAGAAUUGAGGAUCUUGGAGGCUGUAUCACCUUCAUGGGUUGCUGGCGUGUUAAUGGCACCUAUGCUGUUUCCAGAGCUAUAGGUGACUUUGACCAGAAGCCCUAUGUGUCUGGAGAUGCCGACUGCUCAACAACCCAGCUGUUUGGAGACGAGGACUACUUGUUACUGGCGUGUGACGGCUUCUUUGAUGCAGUCAAACCUUCAGCAGUCCCAGAUCUGGUCUUGGAUGCACUCCAGCAGCCUGGUAACUCUGAAGAGGGAGGAGAAACUCAGCUGAAACAGUCUAAGGAGAUUAUUGGACGGAGAGUCGCUCAACACUUGGUAAGUCAUGCUAAGGAAGCUGGUUCUAGUGAUAAUAUAACCGUGAUGGUGGUGUUCCUGCGUCCACCAGAGCAGCUGCUGUCUCAAGACUCCACUACAGGAACUGCACAAGCUACUCAGGACUCCACUUCCCAAAAUACACCACAGCAGUGAAGGAGGAAGAGACCACUUUGCCAAGCUAUUGCCUGUCUCUGUAUAUCUCAGCCUUUUUUUCCCAGGUGCUGGCACACAUCCUACAGACUGACCAGGUUCAUUUGAUACUAACACAUGAACACAGCAGAAUGUAGUCAUACUGUUCACUGUUUUGGAGUAAAAGAGCAGAUUCAAGUGUACUGGGACCACAUCCCUUCAAAAGGUCUGAUGGAUGAUGCAGGGCCACAUUAACCACAAUGAGUAUGAGCUCACUGUAACGGGGAAGCUCCUACUCAGCCAGCCAGCAUUCCUACAGCACUGCAAGUGUAGGAAUACCAGCUUCCCCAUGUUUGCUCCAACAUCUUUAAGGACAUGGUGUGAACAUCACAUCAAUUGUAUGUGUGUUAAGAUAGACUUCCCUGGUUUAAACCUCAGUAUUGAUUGUUUUGUGUGGUAUUGACUGUAAAAAGGACUUUGUGUUUUAGUGGGAGGUAAGCUCUCUGUGCAAACAUUUUCUAUUCAUAUCUGUUUGUUAAAAGGAAUAUAACUUACACAAGCUCUGCAAACAUUUAAUCUUUCCUUCUAAAAAAUCCCAUUUGACUGAUGGAAAUGUUUUUCUUUUCACUGAGACACGAGUGUGAUUAUGACAUGAAAGUCUUGGGUAUUGAUUCUUUUGGUGAAGCAAAGAAAGCCAGAGGGAUUUGUAUUUUAUAAACAACUACUCAUUGAAUUGUAAGAUUUAAUUACCACUGAAUACUGAAUAUUUUACUUAGAAAACCAUCUCUUUGAAUGUGAGUGAUUUGCUCUUUGAAAUUUGAAGUCGCAGCAUUUCAAAACCUAGAUUUUUUUUCCAGCUUCACAAGUUCAGGUAGAAAGUUCAAGUGUCCAGUUUUCAGUCACUGAGUGGAACAUUGUUUUCUUGAGUCAUGUGAAUGACACAACUCAACUUGAUAGGACAGAAAGCUCCACUGAUUCUAUUCAGGUUUGAUUGCAGUUUCUUGGGAGCUCUAAUUUUCAUCUCAAAUUUUGGUGUCUGAACCCAAUUUGAGCAACUUGAACUCAGAAUCAGGUUUUAAACAAUAACUGUGACUAUGUUACACCGCUUGUGUUUGAAGAGAAAAGGGUUUGAAGAUGAGGACUAACUGAUGUCUAAAACAAACAUGCUGACUCUUGUCUUGUGGGUCAGGGUCCGAUGUUCUCCAGUUCAGUAUGCAGUUAAUACACAUCAAAGCUCUUACUGUGUUUGGGUCAAGUUUGACCUGUUUGUGUUAAAAUAUCAUCCAGUUUUUUUAUUAUUAUUAUUUCUUUAUUUGAACAAUAAGCCUAACCCUAAUCUUAAUCAGCUGAUGUUACAUUUCUUACAUUUUGCUCUAGAAAGGCUAAAAAAAAUACCAUCCUUCAAAUAUGCUGCUUCAACAUAUGGAGUAAUCCAAAGCUCGACAUGCCUGGAUAUGUCAAGUCAAGUCAGUUUUAUUUAUACAGCACCAAAUCUAAUACAAACAGGCAGGUAGAGGUGGAGUGGAAGGCAACAGAACAACAGGUGGUACAUAGAGUGGAUGGUGGUUGAAAAUGGGAGUCCAUGGUUGCUGAGUUUGGGCAAUAUCUGUUUGUGAGAGGGGUUCACUGAAAGUUCAAUUUAAAUGUCAUUAAUGCAGAUGGCUUUAACAGAUCUAACAACUCAGUGGUAUUUUCAUUUCAACAUCAAGUAUUCAGUAGUGAUUUCAUGAAUUGGUUCAAUUGCUUGUAAGAGUAAAAUCAUUCCAGCUUUUCUUUGCUUCCAUGUUCUCUGUGCCAGAAAGAAAAUAUUGCCUCCUCUUGAAGUCUAUACUGUUAUGACAAGUCUGUUACCUUUUUUAAACUCUGUAUCUGUAUCUCACCCACAACAUCUCAACCAUAUGUUCUCUUAGCAUCAUCAGUAUUAAAUGCAGUGUUUGGACUGUUCUCUGUGUCUGCAAAAAAAAUGCAAAAACUCACUUUGAAAGACUCAGUGAAAUGCCUCGAGAGUCUCUUAUUCAGUGCUGUGCUCCAGGGGAUAGUUUCAGUGUUCUAUGAAGGAAGUUGAAACUUUCUAAAAAGCUAUUGUCAACUUCAAUCCAAAAAAUGCCUCUCUGCCUUCAAGUUGUUCUCUAAUGCCAAGCAGUAUAACUAUUAAAAGCAUUUUACACUGUGCACAGUAGAGGAAAUGACUCAGAUUAAAUCUGAAAAUCUUGCCACCAGCCCUGAGGUGUAAUGUUGACAUACUGUAAUGAAAAGUGUAAAUGAGAUGUUUUGAGUCCCUGAAAUACAGUACCUGCUAGUUAUGAGCUUCAUAAAGGAAAAACAAAAUGACACGGGGAUCACAAGUAUUUCUGUUGUGGAGGAGCAUCCCUGUGUCUAAACUAACUACAUGAGCCUGGCAGGUUGAGUUAAGGGAAGUGAUGUGGACAGUGUUGCUUGAUUUACUGGAUCACAAACUGACAGUAUUUCUGACUCCUGUGUUUGUUUUCAAACAUUUUUAAUUAACAGUUUUUAAUCAUGUCUUACUGCAAACAUAAAGAAUUCUAAUAUCAGCUAAAUGAUUUUGGGAUGUAUUAAUACAGACUCUGUUUUGCUGACAAGAUGGUUUGCUGUUUUAUAUCAUGUUUAUUAGAAAUGACUGAAUAAAAAGCUAUGUGAAUAGAAAA